GAGAGAGACGGAGAGGGAGAGCGAGAGAGCAGGGUGCAGCGUUGCCACCAACAGGACUGGAUUCAAAAAUUAUGAAUAUAAAUCAAGAUCAAAAGAGCAAAGCAGGAGGACAAACACUGGGUUUCUCUCUUUGUAGCUUCGGACACACGGAUCCUCCACGUUGCUGCUUUUCACUGACUGUUUGAGGAGAGAAGCGGACAAACGUGUCCCCGCUGAGGACGGGACCUCUGAGGCUCAGCGACAACAAUGCACCUCGUCCCCACCGGGAGACCACUGCUGGAUCGCACACACACAUACAGACAAACACACACAGACACACACACACACACGUGUGAUCGUGGCGUCUUCUCCGUGUUUACUUGUUGAGACAAGUGUCUGUUAGAGUCUGAGCCCGCGAUGCCUGCGCGGAGGAACAGGUACAACCUGGUGGACGAUGUGGCGGACUCGAGGCUUCCGCUGCACAACGAGGAGGCGUAUCAACACGGGAUCUCCUUCCAAGCCAAGUACGUGGGAAGCCUCGACGUGCCCAGGCCCAACAGUCGGAUGGAAAUUGUGGCGGCCAUGAGGAGAAUCAGGUAUGAAUUCAAGGCGAAGAACAUCAACAAGAAGAAAGUGAGCAUCGUGGUGUCUGUGGACGGAGUUAAAAUCCUACUGAGGAAGAAACAGAAGAGGAAAGAGUGGACAUGGGAUGAGAGCAAGCUGCUGAUCAUGCAGGAUCCCAUAUACAGGAUUUUCUACGUGUCUCAUGACUCCCAGGACUUAAAGAUCUUCAGCUACAUCGCACGAGAUGGCCCCAAUAACUCCUUCAGAUGCAACGUGUUUAAAUCCAAGAAGAAGACGCAGGCCAUGCGUAUAGUGCGGACGGUGGGUCAGGCCUUCGAGGUGUGCCACAAGCUCAGUCUGCAGCACGCUGAGCAGGAUGCGGACGGACAGGCCGAUGGGGAGAGUGACAAAUCAACAGAGGAGCCCAGCAGUGAUGGGCGUAAGCUGACGGGAGCAGAGCAAGGGGAGGAAGAGGAGGAGGGCAAACACGGAGAAAGACGAGGAGAGGAUUCUUUGGUCGGCACUUCGCUGUGUGAAAAGGCCGUCAGUGAUAUUCUGCAGAGUCUGGCUGAACUGAAUGUGGUGAAACCUGGACAGACCAUCAUGGACUUGGAUCGACGGUCCGUCUUCACUGUGACGUCUCAAGGCAUCACUCCCAGCAGCCCUUGCUCUUCGUCUCUCACUCCGCUGGCGUCGCAGCACUUCCUGCAGCUUCUCCAGCAGCAGCUGCAGCAGCAGCAGCAGCAGACACAGGUGGCCGUCGCACAGGUGCAGCUGUUGAAGGAUCAGAUGGCAGCAGAGACCGCCGCCCGUAUGGAGGCUCAGGCCCGCGUGCACCAGCUGCUCCUGCAGAACAGGGACCUGCUGCAGCACCUGGCGCUGCUCGUGCAGCAGCUGAAAGAGCUGGAGACCAGUUCCCCAAAGACGGCACAACCAGAGCUGCCCCAGCAGGAGCCUCAAGAGAACGGACACAAUGAUCAGCAGUCAUCCGUCUCUACGUUAGCAAACUCCCUGUCUCUAAAUCGGAAGAAUCACUACAACCAGACCUCGGACCAGCUCAUCACCUCCACGCCGGCAUGGCAGCUGCAGUCCUCCCUCACGCAGGUGGACUGCGCCGAGUCCUACCUCAACCUGCUCAACCUGGAGAGCUGCGGCACGUCGGCCGCGUCGAUCAACGGGAGCCUGGACCCGUUCAUCAGGGCCAACGGGGCGGCGGACGACAAGGAGCGGUCCUGCAAUGAGAUCGUCCCGUUCACAUCGAGGAACUCUGACAACAUGGAUGAGAAGAGUAAACAGACAAUCCCCAAACUUGACCCUCCACCACCCUCCCUGAACCGCAAGCGGGCCAGCAGAACUCUGUCCCCGGGGUCAGAAGUCACAUCUGCGCCCACGCCCGAAGACGUCGCCGCUAGCGAUGCGACCCCGAGCCGCAGCAGCAGCCUCUCCUUCCCGGACACCACCCCCAGCUCCCUGUCGUCCGGCGACUUCCAUUCCCUCAGCAACGGGGAGAGCAGCUCUUGCUCGACCAGCGAGGACUCGGGGGUUCGCUCGGAGACAAAGUCCCUGCUUUCGCCUCUGCGCGACGACGACGACCUGUUCGGGGACCGCGGGACAUUUUUGACAGCCUCCAGCGGCUGUGACAGUCCCUUGGGGGAGAGAGUCGAAGCGGUUGCCUCUCCCUCCGAGUUGUACCCUGCCGAGCCCCACGCCCUCACCUCACACUCGGACACCUAUGAGCACCCACUGCCCUUCUCCUCCCCUGCGGAUGAUACCUGCCUUCACAUCAGUUUCUCUGAGGACGAGCUACUAGAGAGCAGCCAGGAAGACCCUAAUGUCCCCCAGCGGAGUUAGGACGGGCCGACAGUCCACUGAAGACCUCGUCACUAUGUUCUUCAAUCAGCUUUUAAUGCAGUACUUACUGUCAGACCCUCUUGUGUUUGCACUGGGCUCCAUUUCAGGAACUUUAAUUAUUCUGUCCACUUGUGACACAGUACAGACAUAGCAUUAAUAACUACGUGUAUAAAUAAUAUUAGCCUUUGGACAGAUUUAGUAUUUUUGUAAUGAAAUGAAUCAUCUAAUUUACUUUUUAGUAACUAGAAUGUUGAGAAGAAAACAUGUAGCAACUCUUGCACUGUUAGCCCUGCGGUAUACUGGCUGUUCAACAACGCGUAAGCAAAUGGCUGCAUCGCAAACCUUAUUGUUCACGUACUUGCUUUUGGUGCAAUGCGUGUUACUUGGGGACUCCAGCAGAGGGCCCACCACAGACGAUUGCGAAUUCGAAGGUGGUGUGUCAGACUCCUUAAUCAGACAUUUCGUGAAAACGGCAUGCUUACUUUUCUGUAACUGAUGUCGUUCCCACUGACCAAGUCAAGGACUCACUACUGCCCCUACAUUUAUGUGGGUAUUGCAGCUUGCUCAGUGUCACUUUAAUUUCCGAAGACACACACAAUCGAUGCACCAAACAGACAAAGAUUAAGUGAGUCAGCCAUCGUGCGUACGCGUAGUUUAGAUACGCUCGUAUCUCCGGCCUUAGUCACACAUCAUUUACCGUAAGGGAAUGCAUUUUAUUUUUGCUAGUAGUUACCAUUAAAACAUUAUUUUGUGUGAUGCUUUGCUGUGGUGCAAACUGAUGUUUCUGCAGAUUUCACAAUGAUGAUGAUGGUGAUCUUGGGAGGAGCCUUGUUUUCUGAAUAGCACCUGUUUGGACGAUGGGUGGAAAGAAAAGAACAAGGAAGUCAGAAGAGGGGAAAAAGGCGAGAAUUUGAGCAUAGUUUGGGUUUAUGCACGACCACUCGUGGCUGUGCAGUAGGUUUUAUUGUAUCAGAGUUGAGUUGGUUCUAGCAAGUGUUGUGCUACUUGUAUUUUGGGUUUUGUCGGAAUUAGCCAAAGGGAAUUUGUAUUGUGUUAUUGAUUCUGUGUGUAGCAUGAUUGCAAUCUUUCAAAACAGAGGGAUUUGUCGUUGAAUGAAAACGAUUUAAGUUUUGUGAGACAACGGAGGAAGAAAGCAAACCCUCAGAGAGCUAACGGCCUUGAAAGCUUUGAAUUGCACCUUCCUGAGUGGGGAGUCAGUUAUAAAAUGAAGCCCCGGGCUCAGUAGGAAGAUAAUUGGGGAACCACAUAGGGGCCUUGGAGAAUGACAGCGUGGCAGAUGGAUUUUUAUCUUUUCUUUCUCCUGAAUGACAAGAAAAUCUGUUUCUUUAAAAGCUCUCAAGACAAUUACCAUGAGAUUGCUGCUGCACAUUGAAAUUGUUUUUUCCUAAUCUAAAUGUUUGGAACAUUGUUUUGACCAUAUUAUUGUUAAUUAAUAUAGAGCCGCAACAAUUAAUCAAUAAGUAGAUCAUACUAAAAUAUGAAUUUGCAACUAUUUAGAUAAUGGAAAUGAGAAAAAUAAUCAUUGUCCUUUUUGAUAAAAAAUAAAAAAUAUUACCAGGUUUCAGCCCAUUAUAUCUCUAUUAUGUAUAUGUUGGAUUUUUGAUCAGUCGAUGUCAAAAGUGACAUUAGACAAAUGUCACUUGCAUUUUUUUCUUUUUUGGGUUAAUUUAUAGAUCAGACGAUUAGUCAAUUAAUCAAGAAAAUGACUGUUAAAUGUAACCCUAUAGCAAUAUUGAGCUGUUUAUACAAACAGCCCAAUGAAUGAAACAAGAAACUGAUCAGUCAGUUAACAGAAACAAUUCUGUUGAUUAUAAGUUUCACUUCAUCUCAAAUGUAAAUAUUUGCUGAAUAUUGAAGAUAUUUAUAAAUCUGAACAUAUGUAGGUUUUUCUUUUAUCGAUAUGAUAAAUCGGUGGGGGAAAUAAUGAAGACAAUAACCAGUUAUCCUAACAACGAAAAUAAUUUGUCUUAAAGCUGAAGACAUAGUGGGAAUUACUGUUUUCAUCUUGUUCGGCAAGAGUCUAGUGCACUGUUUAAUAAUGUUGAAUUUAAUUUAAUGCAGAGUUGUAACCUGAGACAGGUAGGAGUGACAAUUAAUGAACGCGAGAAGAAAAGCAGCUGAGGUGAGAAGAGGGGCGGUGUUAGGGUGCAGGUGUAGAAUUCCCAAAGUCGAAUUUACACCGGGAGACGAGGCUUUUCUCAACAUCACCUGUAGCAGGGAAUUAAAACAGCAAUAACACAUUGAAGAAAAAUGAAUAAAGAGGAAUACUCCAGCACUAA